UUAAAGAAAAAUUGCCUGCCCAGGUUAAAAGAUCUUGCAACGUAGCCGAAAGGGUUCGUAAUGAGGAAUGGAGUCGCCAGGAAUAAUUGCGUCGCAGCACAUAUUUGAUAUGGUAAAGACCACUGAAGAUGUAUACAAACCCAGCUGGAUAGCUAAAGUUGAAAAAACAACUCUAGUAUUGUCUGAGAGAGAGACAUUUAAUGAUCGCAUGCGAAACAACAACACCGAUUCAGAAACAAAAGAAGGACAACACGCCACACUAUGGGGGCAUUUGUGACUAGCUACAAGGCGAACAAGAUGUCGCUGGUGAAUGAAAGAUAUCUGAUUGAACACAAAUUGGGACAGGGCUCGUUCGGUGUGGUAUUUCAUGGUCUUGAUACAAAACGAAAUGAACGCGUUGCUGUCAAACUUGAAGUUAAAACUGGCUCAUUACUUGCGCGCGAAGCACAAGUUUACAAGCUACUACGACAUGGAGUUGGUUUCCCAAAAGUGAGAUGGUUUGGUCAGAUUAUGCCAUUUUAUGACGUGAUGGUCAUGGACUUGCUUGGAACAAAUUUGGGCGACCUCUUUAAUGAAUGUGAGAAAAAAUUCUCGAUAAAAACUGUAUUGAUGUUGGGCGACCAAAUGAUCAGCCGUUUGGAGUAUCUGCACAACAUGAACAUACUACACAGAGACAUUAAACCUGAGAACUUUGUUAUGGGAGUUGGUAAUACGAAAAACACUUUGUAUCUUGUCGAUUUUGGCUUAUCAAAAACCUUCCGUGAUGUUAAAACCAACCAGCACAUAUGCUUUCGUGACGGAAAAAGUUUAACAGGCACAGCACGAUAUGCAAGCGUAAACACGCACCAAGGAAUCGAAGCUACCAGGCGAGACGACCUGGAGAGCGUCGGCUACGUUUUGGUGUACUUUCUCCGGGGUUUUUUACCCUGGCAAGGCAUUGCUAGGAAGCAGAGCAAGAAGCACAGGUAUUCCAAGAUCGGUGAAAUGAAAAGAGGAUUUCGACUAGAAGUUCUUUGUGAAAGUUGUCCUCAAGAAUUUGUUGAAUACUUGAGAUAUUGUCGCGGGUUAGAGUUCACAGAGGCGCCAAACUAUUCUCUCCUUAGACGGAUGUUUCGUGACUUAUUGAAGAAACUUGGCCAUGAAUAUAAUUAUGAUUAUGACUGGUCAGGCAAAGUGCCAUUAUAUAGUUAAGAAACUCGGCAAGUUUCCGUUUACGGCCACACUCAAAAUUAAGAAACAAACGUUUCUUUAUGCGAAAGGUGACUCAGUCCUCACACACAUGCACGAACGAGAAACGUGCUUGUAUAUUCAGACGAAUCACGCUAUCGUUGGACAAAUCCUAUGUAUUUAUGUAUAUAAGAGAUAUGAUAUAUAUAUUUUUUAUGUAAAGUAAUAUAAUAAAAA